CAUCUUCACCCUCUUCCACCAGAAACCAACAAAUCUUCGCAACUAUGGCGCUCAAAGCUAAGCUUCCUUUACCUCUCCUACUUUUCUCUCUCCUUUUUGUAACUGCUGCUUUAGCUCUUCCCAAGGAGGACCCGGAGCUCAAAAAAUGCAAGCACAAGUGCAGGGACGAAAGGCAGUUCGAUGAGCAACAGAGGAGAGAUUGCAAGCAGAUUUGUGAGGAAAAAGCGCGGGAAAGGCAACAAGAGGAGGGCAAUAGUAGCGAGGAAAGUUAUGGGGAGGAGCAGGAGGAAAAUCCUUAUGUUUUUCAAGAUGAGCAUUUUGAAUCCAGAGUUAAAACAGAGGAAGGCAGAGUGCAGGUGCUUGAGAAUUUCACAAAGAGGUCGAGAUUGCUGAGUGGGAUUGAGAAUUUUCGGUUGGCGAUUCUGGAAGCAAAUCCUCACACGUUCAUUUCUCCAGCCCAUUUCGAUGCUGAACUUGUUCUCUUUGUUGCCAAGGGGCGAGCAACGAUUACAAUGGUGAGGGAGGAGAAAAGAGAGAGCUUUAACGUGGAACAUGGAGACAUCAUAAGGAUUCCAGCAGGGACACCUGUUUAUAUGAUCAACAGGGAUGAGAAUGAGAAGCUCUUUAUUGUCAAAAUCCUGCAACCCGUCUCUGCUCCUGGCCAUUUUGAGGCAUUCUAUGGGGCUGGUGGGGAAGACCCAGAAUCGUUUUACAGGGCGUUCAGCUGGGAGGUUCUUGAGGCGGCUUUGAAGGUGCGAAGGGAGCAGCUGGAGAAGGUGUUUGGGGAACAGAGUAAAGGAAGCAUUGUGAAGGCAUCAAGAGAGCAAAUCAGGGCCUUGAGCCAACACGAGGAAGGCCCCCCUCGCAUUUGGCCUUUUGGAGGCGAAUCAAGCGGUCCGAUCAAUCUUCUCCACAAACACCCUUCUCAAUCGAACCAAUUUGGUCGUCUCUACGAAGCUCAUCCUGACGAUCACAAGCAGCUACAAGACCUUGACCUCAUGGUCUCCUUCGCUAACAUAACCAAAGGAUCUAUGGCUGGUCCCUACUACAACUCGAGGGCAACAAAGAUCUCUGUUGUAGUUGAAGGUGAAGGGUUCUUUGAAAUGGCUUGUCCCCAUCUUUCUUCUUCCUCUGGAAGCUACCAGAAGAUUAGCGCACGCUUGAGACGCGGCGUGGUGUUUGUAGCUCCGGCUGGCCAUCCGGUUGCAGUUAUUGCUUCCCAGAAUAAUAACCUGCAGGUCCUCUGCUUCGAGGUCAACGCCCAUGGCAACUCUAGGUUCCCUCUCGCAGGGAAAGGGAACAUUGUGAAUGAGUUUGAGAGGGAGGCGAAAGAGCUGGCCUUUAACUUGCCAUCGAGAGAGGUGGAAAGGAUCUUCAAGAACCAAGACCAGGCGUUCUUCUUCCCAGGACCAAACAAACAGCAAGAGGAAGGUGGUCGUGGCGGUCGUGCUUUUGAGUGAAGAGGUUUUUUUUUUUUAAUCGAUGGAUCGGAGGUGUUUGAUGGAAGGCUAGUUUUUAGUAGAUAGCGGGGUACGUAUAUGUAUGAUAUGUAUGUAUAUGUGCGUGUGCGAUAUGUAUAUAUAUGCUGGAGCCUGGAGUACCAACCUUAAAUAAAAGAGACUUCCUCUUUAAUAAAACACAACAGGUUUUAUGUUC